AUGGCGACACGUUCCCUGUCGAAGCCUUACGAUUAUGCUCGAUUCAUGGGACUGUAUACUUCAUUGUGGUCGUACCAAUGUCGCCAGGCGAGGACCCACCGUUGUAAGGAAGCAAACACGUUCGUGGAUCUGAAGUUUGGUGUCGCGCCCUGA